AUGUACAAGAUUUUGGCGCUGAACUGCCUCAUCACCGCGUACAGCUUGUCGGUCCAGUAUCUCGACGGUAUCAAGUUCGGUGAUUAUCAGGUAACGGUUAGCGGAAUGUCGAUGUCCGUCUGUUUCCUAGCCCUGGCCAAGCCGGUUGAAAAACUCUCCCGGGAGAGGCCACUAGGCAACAUCUUUAACCUCUACCUCCUACUAUCCGUGCUGGUCCAGUUCGCUCCACACAUCAUAUCGCUCGUUUACAUCACGAACUUUCUCGAGCUGGUAUCAUUGACCUCGAAGUUCGAGCCCAGUCUCUUGAACACCGCCAUCUACCUUCUGGGCCGCUCUCAACAGGUCUCGACAUUCACUAUCAACUUCCAGGGCCGCCCGUUCCGUGAGGGAAUCCGCGAGAACUCGAGCUUGUACUGGGGACUUAUUGGCGCUAGUGCUGUUGCAUUCUCUGGAGCUUUGAAGUUAACCAGCGUCAUGAUCGCCGACUUUGUUGGUUGUUGGAUUAUCGAGAAGCUCUGCAAACGCCUCUUCGCAGAUCUCGAACCCAAACCGUUAGUCACUCGGGGUAGGGAACGGAGGGAGGCGGGACGAAGGGAAGAGGCUAGAUUAGCAGAAGAGGCAGCUGCAGAGAAGAAACAGUAA